AUGGCAGUUAGUUUAGAAUAUAGACUAUUUAUCUUGUUUUAUUCAACAUUGACAACCGAAGAAGUGAAACACUCACUAUUCGGUAGUAGUAGUAGUAGUAGUAGUAGUAGUAGUAGUAGUAGUAGUAGUAGUAGUAGUAGUAGUAGUAGUAGUAGUAGUAGUAGUAGUAGUAGUAGUAGUAGUAGUAGUAGUAGUAGUAGUAGUAGUAGUAGUAGUAGUAGUAGUAGUAGUAGUAGUAGUAGUAGUAGUAGUAGUAGUAGUAGUAGUAGUAGUAGUAGUAGUAGUAGUAGUAGUAGUAGUAGUAGUAGUAGUAGUAGUAGUAGUAGUAGUAGUAGUAGUAGUAGUAGUAGUAGUAGUAGUAGUAGUAGUAGUAGUAGUAGUAGUAGUAGUAGUAGUAGUAGUAGUAGUAGUAGUAGUAGUAGUAGUGUAGUGUAG